GGGGGUGCUGGCUCAAUCUGUGUAGCAGUAGUCACAGCUAAUUCAGUUCCUCUUUUUCCUCUUUUCUUUUCGACCCUUCUACGUGGUUCAAGAGUUGGACCUUAGUUUUGACCUUAGUUUUUUCCAUCUCGUACUAAAGGUAGUUAUCUCAUUUUGUGGUCCGAUCGCUAUGAAGAAGGUGAAGGUGUCGCAAGUUUUGGCGGUCUCUUUGCUACUGCAGGUAGUAGUGUGUUGCGCCCGCCCAUACAGUGUGGAUGGCCGUGGGGCGGGAAGGGAGACGUCCCGCUCGGAGCGCCUCCGCUAUGGGAAGCGGGCGGCGCUGCGGGGUGGGGAUGGUCGUGGGGGAUGGAGUGUGAGGGAGUUCAGGGAGAGGGGGUUGCAGGGGGUAUUGGGUGCCGCGGAAUCCGAGUGCCCGCCUCUGAACAACCCUUUCCUGUUGACAGCCUGUAGAACGGUCGUGGAACACCAGCCGGAUCCGCUAUUCCAGGAUAGUCCUUUUGGCACCGACAACUGCGUCGUCGUCAUCCAGAACAUCGUCUACGCCGCAGACGGGAUGCAGUUCUAUUAUAUCCUGCAGCAAGAAUGCUUGGGGCCAGAUGGGCAAUUCUCGAAGAAAUCGUUAUCGUACAUGGAGGCCAACCUCACGAGCGUCAGCGGCCUAGCAACCACUCGAGUCCUCAGCCACUGGUGGCCCGCGCAGAGCCCGAACGGUGCGCCGCCGGAGAAUAAUACGCUGUUCCUGCCUAACCAGGGCAUGCCAUUCAUGGCUGAGGCGACCGGCACGGAGAUGUCGAAGAUGGGAACGCAUCUGCUGCUGACGACGUUGAGCGCGGGUCCCAGUGAUCUGUCGUGGGUCGUCUUGCUGAGCAUCGCGGAUGGGUCGCGGUUGUCCCUACCGAUACAGGCGGAGUUGGCGGCUGGAUUGACGUUCAAUCCGGAGAAGACGAAGCUGUACGUCACCGACGUAUACGAUCCGUCGGAGAUCUUAGUGGCCCCAGUCAUCGCUCCAGAUGUUCCCACCCGCCUGGGAAUGAACAGAGCCGUACAGUUCGGACCGCUGACGGGCACGAACAUGAGCCAGCCGGUGAUCGGGCCGUACAGUUUCAGCGCCGACGGCAGCUGCCUCUACUUCGUCGAUCAGGUGUACGACAGACUGUGGACGUUUGCUCCUCUGUCUAACGAAGUCAAGCCUAUCGCGGUGAGCAGCGACGACACCUCGGUCCCUUUCGGGUCGAACGUCGUUAACGUGUCAAUGGGAGGCCAUCCGAGCGACCUGGCUGUGACGUCGGACGGCUUGAACGUCUUCUUCACUACCUUGUGGGGCGAGCUGUACCACUUAACCAUGUCCGCGCCUUGCGGCACUCCCUCCGAUGUCGAGAAGCUGGCCGAGCAUGAUACGGCGGGCUUCAGGGGACUGGCGCUCAAUGAGGCGGAGGGCAAGCUGCUCGUCGGCACUACGCAUGGUCUCAUAUUCGAAUUCACGACGAGUCUUCCUCCUCCAUCUACAGCGCCUUUUACGAGUCUUCCUCCUCCAUCUACAGCGCCUUUGACGAGUCGUCCUCCUCCAUCUACAGCGCCUUUGACGAGUCGUCCUCCUCCAUCUGCAGCGCCUUUGAGGAGUCGUCCUCCUCCAUCUACCACGUCUUCGCGGCCUCACACCUCAAGGUCAAACGCCGCCCCGCGGCCUCCGACGUCAAGGCCGCCUGUUGCAGCUCCACCGUCUUCCAGCCAGGCACAGACGACAACUCCCUCGUCGUUGUCAGGCGGUCUCCGCUGAUCUCGGCGGGGGUCUACUCCGCUGAGGCUUAGCGGGGGACAGUUCUUAGCAAAUCUGGUGGCAGCUUGCGGACGCUGUGGCAAGCCUU